UCAGCGUUUGGAGGAGUAAAGCUAGAUAUGAACUCACUCCUAUCAUGCAUCACUUUUCCCGUUUCACUCCAAUCAUCCCGUCAAGUUCAGAGAGAACGGUAGGUGUGUGGAACUCUUAUCAGAUCCACCGGUUGUUGAGCACGGUGUAUAAAUAUUGGACAAACCGCGAAGGUCAGUACAAACCUGCACGCAGAACGAACGACCGAGCUUAGAGCCAUGGCGAUGUUUGGGAAGGUUUUGGAGCCAGUGGGCUACAUGCAAACUGUGAGGGUCCUUGUUCAGGGAAUCUGCUCCUAUCUGGGCGGCAGUGCCACAGCGGAGGAGACUGAGGUGGCCAAGAAGAACCUGGACCACAUCGAUCAGGAGCUGGGAGCAUCGGGUCACGGCCUGCUGGACGACCAGGAGGUCCACCGGCUGGAGGACGACCUGGCAGUGGUCUACUACCAGCUGGGCACAGCGGUGAGGGCCCAGUCAGACUUCACCAAGAAGGAGACGGAGGUGUUCCUGCAGUAUGUGCAGGACUACCGUCUGGAGAGGCAGGUGACGGCGCUCUACAACCGUCUGAUGGGAGUGUCGGCGCUGACCGACCAGCCGACCCUCCUGGAGGAGCUCAUUCUGACCCGCAAGCCCAAACGCUGGGAGCUGAGGGAGUUCUGCGUCAAGAUAAACUUUGUCCUGGGCACCGGUCUGCUGUGUCUCUUCACGCAGGCUUCUCUGACAGGCAGAGAUCAGGGUCUGCUGAUGAAGACCUGGUCCGACCGCAUGGGUGCCCUCUACAGGAAGAUGAAGAACACAGGUGGUCGCUGCUUAGGAUACUUUCUGGAGCAGGCGGAAGAGGACAUUCGGCAACAGCUGCACGAAGCCGUGCAGAACCGCGCACCUCCUGAGGAGGCGGCGACAGGCAUCCUGAAGGCCCUGGAGAAGAACUAUGAUUGGCUGCGCUGGGCGGUGAUGCUCCACCCUGCCGUGGGAUCCAUGGAGGACGAGACGGAGGAGGAGACGCAAGAAGAAAAGGAAGAUGCACCGGCAGAACAGCAGCGCAACAAUUUCCUAUCUGUAGCGUCCGAAGCUCCGAUCCCCCAUGUGGUGGCUUGCUACCGUGACGCACCCACUUCGCUGGACAAGAGUCGCAUCCACCAGCUUAUCCAGGACCUGGAGUGGAAGAUCCCCAACCCGCCCCCUGAGGUUUAUGCUUCCAUCGAGGAGGACCCCGGCAGGGCGCGCCGCUACCUAGCCUCCCGCAUGCUGAAGAAGCUGCAGGAGGGGCUGGGAUCUGGUGUGGCCGUCCACGUGGUGCCGGGCAGGAUGGAGAUGAAGUGCAACUUCCCUCCAGCCUCCUACUACCUCUACGAGUACAAACACCGGCUGGCCUCGGGCACCGUGUGCGUGUUCGGAUGAAAGGGAAACCAGGGGGGUACAACCUGCUGUUCUCGCACAGAUGUUUGAUAAUCAUAUUACAGUAUCUGCUUUAUUUUUCUUGCUUUCACACUGGCAUUGACUUGUCUUGUGUAAUAUUACUUCCAAAUAAAUGUCAUUUUAGAGAAAAGGGAAAAUGACAUACACGAGUUUUUACCUUCCUUUAAAGCAAACUUCCAGUUUCUAACAACUUUGGUCUGAUCCAGCGACGGUAAUGUCGGACGGUAGGCACCCCCACUUUCGUCCAGACCAAAAUAGCUCAACAAACAUUGGAUGGAUUUUAAUUUUGUACAGACAUUCAUGCUCAUUCAUGAACAGGAUGAUAUCGCUACAGCAAAGUCCAACCGGGGGAAAACACAUGAAGUCAGACCAUCAGCCAGGUGGUUUUUACCAGUUUAGCCAGAUUAUCUACAGGACUAUUUGAAGUUAAAAACUAAGGAUCAAAGUUGUACGAGAGUUGGGUAAUAAUUUUAUUGUUGUUCUCUGUUCAAAUAAGUUCAGCUAACACGGCGGUUUGUUUUAAACCUAUGAUUGUCUGACUGCCUGUGUUUCUUGCCCAAUCUUUCGCCUGUUCCAUAAAUGUUGACGUGUUCCCAGAUCUCAGCAAUUAACUUGGUGAGUACAAUGUUGUUUUUAUUGAUAGGAAUCAUGGCGAAAACCAAAAAUGAAAACAAAGCCAAAGUUGUACGAAACCAGAAUGUCCCUUUCUGGCUUUGUCACUAACAUAUGCAUUGACUUUCUAAACCUCAAUAACAAAAUCGCAACUUCCACAAGGAGGCAGAGAUCAAAUGUUUGACCCGUCUUUCCUGUUGAGGUCAUUGUUCAUUGCUGAUAACUGAUGGAUCAGAAGACAGAAUAAUUCCCAGUCAGAGUCAGUGUUGUAAAAAUGUCCAUCUUAUCAACGAAUAAGUGUCUGACUCGUGUCCACAAGAGGAACCAGCAACAUCUCUUACUGUCCAUCACAUAAUAACAUAAAUUGCUCCUUAGCUCCUGUCCUUUUCAUACAGUUAAAAAAAAAUCCAAUUACUGUUUUUGGACUUACACAAGUCCACCAUCAAAGUUGAGGUGAACCAUGUUUUCCAAGUCCUUCCUGACAUCUGGGAUGCCCUCCAGCACCUGCCGAAAGUCGUCAAAGGACAGCGAGAAGCACUGGCAGUCGGUCAGCGCCUUCACCGUGGCCAGAUGUUUGCCUUUGGUCAGCACGCAUGUCUCUGUUUUGCACAUGGAGGGAACCACAAGAGCGUGGUUAAUGAGCGAGUAAACCCUAAUGACGGGGAUGAGCUCUGACAAUUAAUCCUAAAUUAAAUAAGCAGACUUAGCUCAGUUAUUUCGGGAAGCCUGCUUAGCUCUAAACGCUGCUGAGCUUUGGUUCCAAAAAGAUUAGGGCCCGUUCGCACUUAUAGCCUGAGAAUUAAGUAAAUCCCACAAAUUGGAAAAGAUAGAUUUAUUCACUUUGGUGAUUUUUUAGAAAAAAAAAUGCUUCUUGCUCACCUAUGCAAACAAACAGGAGCUUGCAGAAGUGCCCGUGCAUGUGUAUACAUGUGUGACAAGUUGGGAAUAAUCAACUGGGUACUUUCAGAAUCACACAACACCUGCCUACAAUCUGAAUCCAAAUAUAAUAAACAAAAUAUACUGAUGUGAACUAAUUAACUAAAUCUCCACAUGGCAGUUGCUUUAGCUUAAUUUUUUCCCGUCCGUACCUGUUCCAGUUUCUUUUAAAAACUGCCCUUGUAUACAGAAACUGUGUAAAUUAAAACUCAAAUCACCGCUCUCUGGUGCCACCUAGCCAUGCAGAUAGUUUCGGUUUUAUUUGUCCAAGUUUUGAAAUAUCUGUCUUACAGAUUUUUUGCCAGUGCAAGCUCACAGCACUUAAAAAUGACAACAGAAACAUCUUUUCCUAGAAGCUCAAUCCCUGUUACUGUAGAUAAUCCGCAGAACAAGCUGUCGGAUGUUUUCAUACGGGACUGUUUCUCUGGUAGAGAGUAGUUCCAGUGAAAACUGUUCACAGUAAGGUCUGUGGAUUAUCCAGAGUAUAACUACUAACAGUUUAAAUUGAGUUUGGCAAGAUGUCCUCAAGUGAGGACAUUACAAUGCUAACAGCCCUGCCAUAUGGAAUUCCAUUCACAUUCAUUGUAUUGGGG